AUGGACUGGAGUGUCGGCGAAAUUGUCGCGAGUCUUAACGAAGAAAAUCUUUUGGAGAACACAAUGGUGUAUUUUACUUCGGAUCAUGGACCGCAUUUGGAGGAGACUGUCGAUUCAGGGGAGUACUGUGGUGGCUGGAGAGGGUUGUAUACCGGAGGUAUUAAAAUGAUUUAGCAAAAUUUCCGAACGCACAACCGGAAUUUUGGGGCAUGUUCAUUUGAUCGCAUUUCAGCAGAAACUCACCUGCGGAAGAUCCGUAUGUCCUUGUUAAUCUAUAAAUCAUUGUGCGUAAUCACAUGUAGAGGCGAGCGAACAAGUGGGAUGUCAAGGAUGUCAGUCAAGUUGGAUAAAAUAUCCAUUUAUAUGCUUCAUUCCACCUGAGCGGGAUGAAUUUUUUUGGACCUAUAUUUGUGCUAGAUAUCAUAUUUUGCAAGAUUGUAACAGAUAAAUUUAAUGAAAAUAUUGCCGAAUGUCCGCGAACUUUGUCGGAGAGCCUGCUGACUGCUAACCAACAUUCUCCUUUUUUAGGGAAAGGUCAGAAUUGGGAAGGUGGUAUCCGUGUUCCAACAGUCGUUAUGUGGAAAGAUCAUUUUCCUGAAGGUAUUACGAUCAACGAACCAACCAGCACAAUGGAUAUCUUUACAACCAUGACUAACCUAGCUGGAGGCAGUGUCCCUAAUGACAGAAUUAUCGACAGCAAAAACAUCCUUCCCUUGUUAAAACAAGAGGAAUCAGUCUCCCCUCACGAGUUUAUGUUCCAUUACUGUGGUUCCUCGAUACAUGCAGUGAGAUAUAGGCCUCGGGCAGGUAAUACCACCUGGAAGGCACAUUUUGUCACUCCUAUAUGGUUACCGGGGAAACAAGAGUGUAAAAGAGAGGAUAUUGUAUGUGGGUGUUUCGGCGAUGAGGUUAUGCACCAUGAUCCACCAUUGCUCUACGAUAUCACCAAUGAUCCAUACGAACGUCACCAGCUUGAUACAAACCAGGAUAUCAUAGUCAAGAUAAACGAAGCAAUGAAGAACCAUAAAUCAGGAGUGAAGCCUGUGCCAUCUCAACUCUCAUAUCCCCACGAUGUGUGGAGCCCAUUUCUUCAACCGUGUUGUAAUUUUCCGUAUUGUUCUUGUGUUGAAAAAGCUUAA